AGCUCUUUGACAUGCUCAACUCAAAGACUAAUUUUAUUGAUAUUUGGAGUUAAUAAAAAUGCGCUAUUUAUUGAAUUUAGUUUUAACUUUGACAAUUAUAAAAAACAUUUUAUCUACGUAUGAACGUGGAGCCCAGAUUGCUAUUGUAGAAGAUGGAGAAAAAUGGGAACAAUAUGGAUCUAUUGUUAUUUACACGGGGAAAGAAAUUUUAUCUGAAAAAGUAGAAAGUCUUCUUGUUCGUGCUCACAACCAUGUCAACAAAUAUAACAUCAAGCUUAAAAAGGUCAACUGUGAUUUUAAAAAAGAUCGUAAUACAAAAUGCAGGCUACUGAAAAAUGAACCUUUGGUUUAUGUUUAUAUGAAUGGAGUGGAAAAACAUUUGACAAAAUCUGAGUUAAAUGGCACAGAUAGAGCCAUCAAUGAAAUACUCUUCAUCAUUGCAUCAACCAACUAUGAAAAACUGAUAUAUUGUCCAAGUAUGGAUAAAGCAUAUGAAAUUGUUGAUAUGUCCAGGAAAGUUUUUAACGUAAUAGUUGGUGCUUUUCAAAACUUAAAUGGAGAAGAUUUACGUCAUUUUCUUGAAGCUGCAAUGGAGUUAGGUAAAGAAUACACAUUUGUUAUAGUUGACAUUGAAUCGGUUAAUAGAAAAAUGUUGAAUAAACAUGGUUACUUUGUGGAGUUUUAUUAUGCGUUAACUGCUGAACUCAAUGAAAAUGUUGAAUCAGCUAAUAUUUCUCAUUUUGUAAACACUAAUACAAAGAAUCUUAUUGAUGCAAUUAAAACACUUGAAAUGACAAAAGACCUACAAAAAACCAUUGGAGAGUUUGCCUCAAAAAAAAAAAUCCAAGAUGAUAAAUAUGAAGAGCUGAAAAGAAUAGAAUUAAUAAAAAUUGAAAAACUAAAAAGAGGUGAAAGCAUAAGCAAUGUUAUCAGCUCUAAAGGGAUGGUAAGUGAAAAACCAAAACCUGUUAAAUAUCCUAGUGUUCCAGGAUCAAGAGAGCUAGUUACAAAGAAACAUGAAGAUAAUGAAAUAGCACAAGCUACAUAUAUGUUGCGAGAAAAAAAAAUUCUUAACACAUAUAAAAAUCAUCAAAUAACAGAACAACAACUGAAAAAAUAUCUUGGUGGUGUUCAAAAAAAUCCUGGAUCAUUGUUAUUAGUUUUGUUUUAUGUUCCAUGGGAUCCUAUCUAUGAAAGCUUUGAGGAAAAUUUCGUUAUUUUAGCAAAUGAGUAUAAGAAUCAAAAUCGUAUCAAUUUGGUUCAAUUAGAUUGUACUUCAUGGCCUACUUCUUGUUUGGAACAUCAAAUCAACUCAUAUCCCAGAAUCCUUGCUUUUAAAAAUGGUAUCGAAUCACCCAUUUUAUACAGAGGGAUGUUGCAUAAAGAGGAGUUGAAAAAUCACAUAAUGCUUUGGAACGAAGACUUUCUACCAGUUAUAACAGAAACAAGACAGUUAGAGGAGCUUUCACGUGAAAUAUCUGUUAUGUUUAUAAUGGGAGUUUUUAAUGAAAAAACUGACCCCCUGGUUAUGUCUGCAUUUAAAAAAACAGCAAUUGAGUAUUUUGGAAAGGUUCGAAUUGGCAUUUUCAAGUUAAAAGAGAAAAGCACUCUAACAUUUCAACAAAUGCAAAUAAAUGUUCCUUCAAUGAUAUCUAUUAAUGCAAAUGAAGCUAGGAACCGAAUUGAAAAAUCAACAGAAUUUACUUAUGAAAAAAUACCGUCAUGGAUUGAAACGCAAAGACAACAAGAUGUUGAAGAAUUAACCUAUUUGAGUUUACCUAGAAUACUUGCACUAAAAAAGCCAAUAUUUAUAUCAUUUCGAUCUGCUGAUCGUGAUAGAUCUUUAUUAGCUAAGUUAGCCAAGCAAAACAGAAAUAUUACUACAGUUUGGAUGAAUAUUGAUCUUGAUAUAACCAAAAAAAUUCAUCAAAGUUAUAAUCUUCAGCAAAAAGAAGCAUUAAUACUUCUCAGAAAAGAAUCAAAUCAAGUAUUUGAAUUUAUGGAUGUAAAAAAAACAAUUUCAAGUAUAAACAAUUGGAUACACCAGUGUUUAAAUUUUCCAGAGAAGAACAUCAUAUCAUACACCUUACCUACCAUGUCUUGGAAAGGAUUUGAAGGCAUAGAUUUUUUACACUUAAUCAACAGAAACGAAUUGGUAAAUGACGGUGUGGAUAUAAAUAGUGAUGAUAUAAUUGAUGACGAGGAUAAUUCUAUUUCAGAUGUAGAAAAUCCUUCGUUUAAUAACAUUAAGGUUGCGAAAAAACCUAGUGUAAAAUCCUCUCAAAUAGCCAAUAGAGUCGAUUCUAGCUCACAAAAUAAAGUUUUUUACCGCAUGCCUAAAAUCAAUAUUGAAGAAGAAAUUAACGAGGAAGUGGAUAUAAAUGAUGCCUUCAGGUAUUACGACGAACUUUGAUUGUUAUAAAAAACCGACCAUAUUUGUCUGUGUAUACAAAUUACAUUUUCAAAUAUACAAUUUAUUUAUAGAUGCGUGCACAUGCGUGUACAUGCGUGCUUACAACUUUUAAUUUUAAACCAAAAAAUCUUUAGAGUGAUUACAUGUAUUUAUUAUUUUA